AUGAACCUGCUCAGGCAGCGAGUGGCAGGACCGUCUGGACUAGGCGGAGGGAGGAAGGGGGUGACGAGUGGAAAGACGAAUGGCGCAAGCGCCGAUGGUGAGGAAGACAAUAACGGAGGAGUGGACGGUCAAGGGGACGGAGUGUCUCUUCCACCGGGGGACGAUUGGAGCCGUCGCAAGUGGCCUGAUUUGGGCAGCAGCGGGAGCAGCUUCAGCCUCAGCACCAGCAACAACAGCAACCCCACCUUUUCUGGUUUCCCCCCGCCACCUGUCGCCAACAAUGGCUCCGCUAGUCCUGAGCACAAGCUGGGCUGGCGCCGUCGCUCGCUCUCCGUCUUGCCGCACAAGGCCGCUCUCAGAUCAACCUCCCCCCUCCGCGGCGUCUUCCCCAGCGUGCAGUCGCUGGGCGGCGGAAAGGAGUCGGCGGCGGGAAACGCGCGGGCCCAGCGGAGGGGCGGGGGCAAACUCGCCGGAGAAGCGGAACGCGCGGGGGCACUGCCGGUUGGGGGAGCCGCCGGAGCAGCAGGUGGGGCGGCGGGCGCGGUGAUGAGGCGGCAGGGGCUGAACCUGGGUCCGCGGGGCUCCCCGCAGGGGCUGAACGCGCUGGAGGACGUGCUCAAGGGGGGAUGGUCCUCCGCCGAGUCCUCGCCCGCCGUCACCCCGCAGCGCUCCAUGACCGUUGGGAUCGACAGGACCGGCGCUAGGAGGGGCGGCGGGGCUGCUGCGCCAGCUUUCGCCUCGCCGCCCUCUUUUGGCGGGUGGGAAAGGCGAGCCGCGGCAGAGGAAGCGGGAGGAGCGGGAAGGGCGUCAGACCUGGGUGGGUGGGGUGACGGGGAGGAGGGAGGUGCUGUGGCGAGGGGUAGCGGGCUAGGAGGCGAGGCGGUCAUUCUGGGAACGGGAAUGACGGCGGCAAGCGCGGGGAUGGGGGCAGGACAUCCGCGGAUGGUAGGCGCAGAGGCAGCAAGUGGUGGGAGCCCAUGGCGCGCAGCGGUGGGCCGGAGUGGUAGCGCGGAGGACGGGGGCGCUGGUGGGGAAUGCAGGUGGGGCGAUGAGGAGCGAGGGCAGAAGAGGGCGAUGCGGUCCAAGACGGGCGAUGGGGCGGCGGCAUGGGCGGGAUGGGCGCACGCAGGCGAGGGGUGGCGGGCGGACGCGGGGAACGGAGGGGAGGCGCAAGAGCACAGGGACGCGACAGGCGCGCAGGUGCUGGGGCGGGCGUGGAGCAGGGCGGGGGAGACAGCAAACGGCAUGGGCGGGGGCAGAGGGGCGGCAGCGGAAGGCGCAGGGGGAAUGGGGAGCAACAGAGGAGCCCUGCCGGGCGUGUGGGGCGGGAGAGGGGCAGGGGGCUUAGGGAGACCUGCUGUGGGGAGGCUGGGCGGCGGGGCAAUGCAUGGGGGGGGUGUGGUGGGCGCAGGCCAGGGGAGAGUAACGGCGAUAGCACGUCACCGCAGUCAAAGUCUCGCGGACCUGCUGCAGACGCAGACAGGCGCAGGGGGGAGGUCAGAGGGCGAGGCGGAUGGGCGCGGCGAGGACAGCGGGAGUGGCAGUGAUGGGGAGGGGGAAGGGGAGAAGUGCAUGCGGCGGGGCUUCAGCCUGAACGCCAGUGGCAGCAGCGCGGGGGGCAGCGGCGCGCAUGUGAGCCACAGCGCCCUGGGACGAGGUGGCGCGCAUGUGGUGCGCCCUCCGCAUCUCCCCAGCCCCAGCAUGAGCGCGCUCCCCUUGCUCUCCCACGCCUCAUCCGUUCCCACCGCUGCUCCCCAAUGGAGGGGCCCGCGGGAGGGAGGGGAGUGGCCAGGGAAGGCGGCGGAGCAGGUGGAGGAGCGGGAGAGGGAGGCGAGAGGGAAGGGAAGAGGGGGAGGCGGCGGGAAAGGCGUAACUGAUGGGCGGUUUGCAUGGGACGUUCCGUGGCAGGGACUCGUGAAGGGGGAGGGGGGUGAUGCACAGGAGAGGACAUGGGACGAGGAACGCAGGCAGGGCGGGCAGGGGGGGCGGCAGCGCAAGGAGCGAGAGGAAGGAGGUGGUGGUGAAUCGGAGAGGGAGGGGAGUGAGGAGAGCAGUGAGGAGUGGGAGGAGCAGGAAGACGGGAGGGCGAAGAACGGCGGAGUGCGAAAGGAGCAGGAUCCCAACGAGACCGAGAGUGAGAGCGAUGGGGAGAGCACGAGUGAGAGAGGUAGCGGUGGUGUGGAAGAGGAGGGGUCUGAGGGCGAAGGCAGCACGGGUGAGAGUGCGCAGUGGCAGCAGCAGGGCGGGCGUGCGAGCGAGCAGGGGAGCAGUGGCAGUGGGGAGGGGUCGGUGGUGGUGGUGGAGAGCGACAGUGAUGCAGACGUGCAGAGCGACGCAGCGUGGCACAGCGACGCUGAUGCGCGCAGUGCUGCCCCCUCUCAUGCUUCCUCCGAGGGUGCUCACAGUGACGCCCGUGAUGGUGAUGUGGUUAAGGGGAGAGGACAUGGAAGCCAACGGAGGGCUGCUAGGGGGUACGGUGGUGACGGUGCUGGUGGUGGGGUGGAGGAGCGAGCAGGGCGCGAGCAGACUGCAGUAAGUUUGAAGGUAAACGGGAGAGAGCACGAACAAUUGUUGAAAGGAGGGAGAGGGGAGGAGGAGGAGGAGGAGGAGGAGGAGGAGGAGGAGGAGGAGGACGAGGAGGAGGAGGAGGAGGAGGAGGAGGAGGAGGAGGAGGAGGAGGAGGAGGAGGAGGAGGAGGAGGAAGGGGAGGGGGAGGAGGAGGAAGGGGAGGAUGACGAGGUGGUAGAUGCAGUGCCUAUAUCGCCCACGAUGCUUGCUCUCCUCACAUCCUCCACCACGGCUUACCCCCACCCGUACCCGCUCUCUCCCUUGCACCAUGCGGCCUCCCAGCCUCCCAUGCACAUGCUGAAAGCCAGCAGCAGCAGCAGCGGCAGUGGCAGUGGCGGCAGGCGACUGACUGGGAGUGGGGGCUCUGGCUCCAGGGCACCUGCUGCUGGGGGGCAUGGGCGCAGGAGCAGCGGGGGCAGGGGGAACAGGGGGAAGCAGCGCGUGAGUGAGGGCGGCAGUGUGGUGUAUUGGAGCAGUGGCAGCGGUGGCAGCUGGGGUGGUAGUGGUGCUGACUGGACUCUCACUGACCUUGCUGCCCCCUCCACCUCGCCCACUGACCCUCAACAUUCUCCACAAGACACACCGCAGCUCCGUAGCAUCUUACAGCUGCUCGUUUUCCCAUCUCACUCUCCCGCGUGCCCUGCUGUGCUCGUCGCCUCGCUGCAGGUGGCACCACCCCAAGCUGCGUACAAGGCCAGCCCUGCCACUCCUUCCACCCGUGCCACCGCUGCUGCACCUGCCACCACCGCCACCACCACCGGUGCUUCGAACAGCAGCAGCAGCCCCGGCAGCCACUUCCCCCUGCGGCCUUCCCCUGCCUUUGCCGCUGCCAGACCCCCCCGCCAACCGGCAAUGCCAGGGGCACAGGCAGCGGGGGGAGGGGGAUCUGCAGGAGGCGAGGGGGGGGAUGGAGGGGAGUUCGGGGCACGGGGCAGGAGAGAGGGUUCGGAGAGGAGGGCCCUGAGUCAGCCUAAUUCCCUGCCCCCAUGUUCCUCCAUGCACGACCACCAUGUGCAGAUCCCGCCACUCGAUUCCCCAUCACCCACGCAGGCAUCACCGUUUGCAUCACCGAAUGUGCCAGCAGCCGCCGCCUUCCCCUCCUCCUCGUCCGUUCCCGCCUGCAUGCCCUCCUCCCGCUUCGCCCCCUCCCCCCCGCCCUUCGCUCUCGCCUCUCUGCGCACGUCCUCCCUGCAGCCCUGUGCUGACCCAGCAGCAGCACCAGGGGGCUCGCCUCCCGUAUUCCCCGGUGCAUCAGCAGGUGGGGGUACACGGACUGGACCAGCAGCGGCCUCACCAUCAGCACCCAAGCCAUUGACCUAUCCAGUCUCGUCAGCAGGAUCAGCGGCAGGAGGGCAGCGUGUGUGUGUGCGGUGUGAGGGAGUGGAGAUACCCAAGCAGGCGCGCAUAGGCGGGGACAUCACCGUGUGGUUCACCCUUCGUAACUUCUCCAAACGACCAGUGCGGGGGCAGGUGGAGCUGGUGGUGAGGGUGCAGUGGCACACGGAGCAGGGCGAGGUGGUGGAGAGGGAGGCCAGGGAGCUGGCGCUGCCCAUGGCGCCCGCAGACCGCACGCGUGUGGACGUCAGAGUGCCCCUCGAUGACGCCGCUGCCGCUUUCUCCCACGCCUCACUCUCCGCACACCUGGUGCUCGCAGGCACGCCCGCACACCACAGGCGCAGUGAGGUGCGGCUGGUGCCACCGUACACGGGCCACCCCGCGCACAUCCUGCUGCUCUCAGACGCCUCGCUCUCGCGCCCCCAGUUCCUCACCUGGCGCUCCAUCGCCGCCCUGCUGCACCUCUCCCUCUCCGUCUGGGAUAUCGCUCUGCACUCCUCCCUGCUCCCCCCUUCCACCCCUUCUUCCUCCUCCGACCCCUCCCAACCGCGCUCCACCGCCGUACCCUCUCCUGCGAUUUCUGCAAUUGCCGCUAGCAACCCGUCGCUCCCAGCAGCAAGCAUGCAAGAGGCACGCGCAGAGCAGGUGGCGGGUGCACUGGAGGGCGAGUACUCUCACCUCGCUGCCAGGCCACCGCAUGCCGCAGCACCAGGGUCAGUGGGCAGUGGUUGGGGGGGAGAGAGAGGGGGAGGCGGAGGAGGGGGCAUGGGCGGGGCGAGUGGGAGUCGGUCGCUGCAGUGGCAGCACGAGCAGCGCAUGGCGGCAUCCAUGAAUGAUGCUCUGCUCGCCCGCUCCACACAGGGGGGCGCCCAUGCGCCCGUGCAUGGUGCCGUGCAGCACAGUGCAGCGGAGAGCGUGCAGUCGUGGAACGACGCACCUCAGUUCCGCUCCGCUCCCUUCUCAUCCUUGUCUGCUUCCCAUGCCCCGCUUGUCGUCUCGGUUGCGCCCUCGCAGCCACGCGUGUUCGCACAUGCACACACUUACAGCAUGCAGCAACAGGUGCAACAAGUCCAGCUGCUCCCACAGCAACAGCUGAACCAGCAUCAGCAGCAGCAAAUCGGGUUGAGCAGCAACGGUGCUGCUCGCUUUCACUCCCACUCGCGCCCACCUGAGCUGGUCUUCCCAACUUCCCCGACUGCCUCCUCCCAUUACCCUGCCCCAUUGUCUCCCACGUCUCCUUCCCUUGCUCUCCCAGACUCACCUGCCUCCCCACAUCCCUCACACCACCCGCCCUUCUCUCCCACCGGCCCCACCUCCGUCUCUCACACCCUCUCCUAUGCCCAUGACUCCUCGCCUGCGGCACAUCUCUCAUCACGCCAUGCGCUGCUGCUGUUGACUCAGAAGGGGCCGCGGGCCAAGCACCUGCGCCACCUGCUGCAUAAGGCCCUGCCUCGCGUGCUCGCUUCUGCCACUGUUGCCGCUGGUGCUGGGCAGAAUUCUGCUGGCGCUGCUGCUGCUGCGCGUGAUGCUGUGGCUGGUGAGUUGCAUGUGUUGCUCUCACGUGUGCUCUGCUCGUUACAUUUCUGCCACACAAAACAUACCCCGCCAUUGCCCUCCACUUACCAUCACCAUUAUCCCUCCCCGCAUAUUCAUCCGAUUCUCGCACUCGUAAUUCCCCGCACUUCGCUUUCCCUGUGCCAUUCUCGUCUCUCUCCCACGCCCCUCUCCCCACCUCCCGGCCCCCUGCGUGCAGUGCUGGCGGCGGGCAUAGAUCCCAGCGACCUGUGUGAGUUCCUGCGAGUGUCCUCGCGCCUCGUGCGCUGCGUGGAAGUGCCUCUUUCAGGGCUGGGUGAGGACGGUGUGCCUGCUAAGGCUGCUCGCAAGGGGAAAGGCAGGGCCAGCAUGCUCGCUUGCUUCCGCCCGGUGUCCCCUUUUGCAGCUGCCUCGGCGCACGCGUAUAAGCUUCAUGAGAGCCUGCAGCAGGAGUUUCCAGAGUUCCGCCAUUUCGUCUCCAUCGACCUCCACUCAACAGACGGGCCUGCCCAAUUGAAACAUUUCCGCUGCCCGCUGCCGGCCAUGCUGCGCUUGCAUGCGCUGCCAACAGAGUCCUUCGACCCGCCUCCAGAUGACCUGAUAGUCGCGGGGCACCUGGGCGUGGGGGAUACAUCUGAUGACGACAGCCAUGGGGAUGGGGAUGGUGACAGUGAUGCUGAUGAUGGUGAAUAUGAUGCUUCUCGUAAUGGUGAUGCUCAUGCGGAUGGGUAUGGGGAUGCGGGUGAGGAUGGCGAUGGGGAUGGAGAUCGGGAUGGGGAUGGGGAUGGUGAUGGGGAAGGAUAUGAUGGCAGUGCAUGGGCAGAGCUGGACAGCCAUGGGGGCAUGGGUUCUUAUGGCGGCAGGGAUGAGGGCGAUGCAAGUGACGCCGUGGAGGGCGCUCAUGAGAAUGGCUUUUCUGACUCAGGCACGGUGCUUGACAGCGGUGACUGGGGUGCUUACAGGGAUGACAGGGGGCAUGGAGGAGGGCAGGCGCACAAGGGAGAGGAGGAGAAGGGCGGCACGAGGAGGGGGAGGUAUGCGCGGGGGACCAGCACGGCGAGUGUGGUGUUUCAUGAGGAUGCGGACGCGGAUGACUGGGGUGCUGGCCUGGGGGGCUACUCCCGGAGCACCACUCUCGGGGGCGGCAGGGAGAAGGACAAGGGACGAGACGCGGCGGUGCAAGGUGCUUCGGAGAAUGGGUGGGGGGCAGGGGCUUCGGGGAAAUCAUUGCGCGCGUCGUCAAUGCCCCGUCAGAGGGCGAGCGGGCAGGCACAGGGCGGAAAGCACGCUGUGUCUCCUCCCACGCGCCCUCCUGCGCGUGCCACUUCCCGCCCUGCUCCUGCUGCUGCUGUUCGCCCUCCCAACCAGCGAUACGCCGCCGCUGCUGCUGCUGAUGGCUGUGAGGGGCAGGAGCAGGAGGAGAGGGCAGGGCAGCAAGAGCGGCAGUUAAACCGCAACCUGUCUUUCCAGGGCGAGGGGUGGGAUGGCAGCGUGGCUCACAGUGACGUGGAGCAGCGGCAGCAGCAGCGACAGCAGGAGGGGCAGGGGGGUGCUGCCAUGGAGGGCAGUCAAGGCUCAGGGUGGACGCACGGGGGAGGGGGCGGGGAAGACGAAUGGGGAAGCUACUCCGAGCCAAACAGCAGAAUGCAGCGCAGCAGACCGCAGCAGCAGCAGCGGCAGCAGCAGCAGCAUGGGCGGGGAAACCAGGAGGGGCCCCAGGAGCAGAGUUCCCAAGGGCGGCAAGGGAGACGCAUGAGGGCACGCCCGCCACCGGAGCCUCACUCGCCGCCGUCACCCCUCCACCUGCCCGUUCCAGCCACCCUCCCUGCUGUGCCCAGCGCCAAGGACUCGUUCGCCUCCCCGGACUCCAUGCCCCCUCUCCCCCGCCGCAGCAUCAGCAUGGGGCGUGCCACCACAGGGGCGUCCCUGCCGUCACGGCUGGCAGACAUGGUGCGCUCCCUCACGCCCUCCCGCUUCGACUACCGCCGCCAUGCACACGAGCAGCAGCACGGGGCAGAGGAGGAGGCGGGGGAGGAGGGCAGGGAGCUGAGGGCCGUGCAGAGCUUGAACAGCCGUGGGUUCCGAGGCAGCCGCAGUCACGUGAGGGCAGCGGGGAGUGGGGAGGGGGUGGGAGGUAUGGUGACAGCGGCAGCAGGGAGCAGCUUGAGCCGGCUUGGUUUGGGGACUCAGGGGGCGAGCGCAGGGAAGCAGGGCACGGGGAGGGGUAGAGAAGGGGCCGGGAGGCGGUGGGGUGGAGGGAGAGGCGGUGGGAAUGGUGGCAAGGGUGAGGGCGACGGGCCAGUUGAGCUCACGUCCUCACUCUCCCUCCCCAUGUGGGUUUCGGCUCGCAAUCAACCCAGGGAUGUCAGCCCCACGCGCCUCUCCCUGCCACGUGGCAACCCCUCGUUGCGCCACAUCAGCAGCAUGGGUGCAAGGAGCACGAGUCGAGUGAACUCCCUGGCAAGGAGUGUGAACAAAGGGCCCACUGCCCCUAAUCGCAAGGGCCACCUGGGUGCCACUGAACCCCCCACGUCCUACACCCGCAGCCUCAGCGAGAGCCAUGCCACUGCUCGCCGAACCACUCUUCCGAGCCUGCUGGCGAGCCUUGGGAAGCCACCGAAGCUGGUGCCUUUGGAUGGGGAGGGGUCGGAGUAUGGGAUGGCAGUGGUGGCGGUGCUGUCAGCGCUGCCCAUGCACGCCAAGGUGGCUGCUGCUCUCGCAUCGGGCGUGCAACACAGCGCUGGAAUGGGUGGUGGUGUCAGUGGAACCUCGUUUGAGGGCUACACAGGCACCUCCGUGCAUCGCCUCACCUUGCUGCAGGUGGUGGCAGCGUGCAUAUGGGCGGACCUGCAGUACGAUCUGCUCCACUCACGCCCAGCCAUAGAAGCAGCAGCUGCAGCAGGGCCCGCCACCUCACAUCCCGGUGCCUUCUCUCCCGCACUGCUCCUGCCACAAGCUGCCGCCCUGCUGGCAGAGCUGGAGCGCCAUGCCUCCACGGCGCCUCACAGCACAACCUGGCCACCCCCUGACGAUGUUGUGCACGCUCUUUCCUCCGGCCUCCUAGUCCUUGCCUUCUCUCCAACCCUGCCUGUCUCUGCCAGUGUUCCCUCCCCCUCCUCCUUCCUCCGGUCCUCCUCCCUCUCCGCUGCCACGCUCUCCCGCCCCUCCCCUUCCUCGCUUCCUCACAACCCCUCGUCUCAGCCGCUCUCACCAGCAGCAGUAGCGGCAGUGCGAGCAGUGGCGAGCCAGUGUGUGUCACGCCUCAAGGGUCUUCUCACACCACAAGGAGGAGGCCAGGGAAGGCUUGACAGUGGUGGCGGGCAUGACGGGAGGAGUGGGUGGCUGCCUGAAACAGCGGAGGAGGUAGCAGGGAUCCAAGCACAGCUGGCAGUGGCACAGCGCGUGCUGCCUGAUUGGCUGGGAGUGCACCGCGCUGCACAGGAGGCUGCUGCAGUGCACACGCUUGCCGUGCUCCUCGCGACCGGCUCCGAGUUCUGCCCGCAAUGUCUGUCGGAAACGUUCUCAGGGCCCGGCCUCGCGACGCACAAGAUCAUAUCGGCGCGCUUCUUCCUCGACACGCUUCGAUCCGAGCCCGACCUAUGCCGUCUGGUCGCGGCCGAGUCGCAUUACCUGCUCGCGGUUCCGCUCGUGCAGGCCCUCGCGUGCUCGCGAGACGAGGAGCUGGCGGCGACGUUAGCGGACUUGGUGGUCUUUCUCGUGAGCAAGGGGAGCGGUCGAGGCGGACGAAACGACGCGAGCGGGAGCGACGAGGGGUUGCUGCUGGAGAAUCUGGUUCGCGCGGUGGCGGUGGAGAUGGAUAAGGUCCCCGUCGCCUCCUCCUCCAGCGGCCACUGCUUCUUGCUGGUCCUUCUGGGGAAGCUCCUGACGGUCGCAUGCAACCGCUACAGCGCGUUGCCAGCGUGGUUGGCGCAGCAGAGCGGCCUGUGGAGUCACGUGGUCAGCACGCUUCACAAGCAGGCACAGGACAGCAUCCGUGCAGAGAGCCUGUUCGUCCUGCACAAGCUCUGCAGCCUGCCAGGUGGCAUGCAGCUAUUGGAGGAGAAGCUGCCUGGCAUGGUGUGUGCGGGCAUCGCCCUGCUGCUCUCCACGGACAGCAACGACGUCUCUGCCAACUGCGUCGCCCUCCUCACCGCCCUCUCCGCUCCCUCCCACCCUGCCUUCACGCUCUCCUCACUCGCGCGUUUAGACCACCCAGAAGCGCAGCAGGCGGGAGGUGCUGCCAUGCACGGGCUUGGCUCGCAGGGCUGCGUGGCUGUGGGUUCUCAGAACCCCCGUGCGAGCCAGGCCAUGCACACACAGGGCAAGGCCCCCCUGGGCCUGCGCAUGAUGCUGUGCGAGGGGCUCAAGAAGACACUGCUCGCUGCUGACUCCGCCCUGCACCUCGCAGCCCUGCACCUCAUCUCCCAACUCGCUCUCUCCUGUACGCCCUCGAAUGAUGGCUCUGCCUCAGACGAACGGUCCAGAUUCGACUGGGUGGCGGGGGAGGCGUGGGAGGAGGACUGGUGUAACCAGGAUGAUAUGAGGGGGGGUGAUGGUGGGGGGAUGGUGGAUGAACGGGGAGCAGCGGCGCUACAGGCGAUGCUGGAUGAGGGGCUGGCAGAGCACGUCUUUGAGCUGCUCCGCUCUGCACACAGCGGUCUAGUAGCGGACCCGUUGGUGCCGGCCGCCCUCUCAUGCCUGCUGCACCUCGCAGCGUCGCCUGGACCUGCAGGGCAGGCGUUUGCACGGCGCUUUGUGUUUGGCUUCGACACGCUCACAUCGCUGCUGCACAACGCCACAGAGGCCAACGACUUCCACCUGCAGGCGCUCUCCAUCUCCGUCUUCCUGCACGCCCUGCGCUCCGCGCGUGCCAGCCCUAGGGAUGCCAGUCAGUUCCCUCCAGCAAGGCUGCACGGGCUGGCGUCUGCUCUGGCAGGGGUGGUGCGGCGGUUCUGCGUGGACGCACGGGAGAGGAAGCGGUGGGCGCUGGACCAGAAUGAAGCCUUCUCCACCGCCUGCUUCGCCCUCGCUGUGCUCGCCACGUGGCAGAGCAUCAUUGGCACAGAGAACAUGCAGCUGCUGCGGUUGUUGGAGCAGUGUGUGGGUGAUGGGGCGUCUAUUCUGCCAGCCCUUCAGGACGUGCCCAGCACGGGUGGGUCACUCACAGGCACGGGCGCCAAGCUCCAAGGGGCAUCCUCAGCAGCCCUCCCUGCAGCUGCAUGUGGUGCUGCAGGUGGGACGGAUGAGGUGGCUGUGGCUGUUCUCACCUUCCUGCACGCCUGUGCUCAGCGCUUCCUGCAUGCCCAGGGAAACUCACUCAACUCCACUCCUUCUGCCGCUGCUGCUCUGACAUCGUCCCAGCAGGACGUGGGGCUGUUGGCGAUGGUGGGGGGAUCACAGGGCGCUCCCAUGUUCCACAGCAGCCAGCAGGAGGGCGUGGGAAGGGGCUCAGCGAACCUUGGUAGAGCAGGCGGGGCGUACAUGCGAGGGAAGGCUGAUAAGACUCAAGAGUGGGGUGCAAAGGCGCCCUCUGUGUCUCCGUCUCACACCCCCACAGCCCUGCAGUGCUGCCUUGACGACAUAGCCGCUGCUCUCAUGGCUGCUGCGGACAUGCAUGUUGCCCCCUUCAUGUUCUCCCUGCACCCACAGCCGCAACCUCCACCUGGUCACAUGCACGCGCCCCAACCUGCAGCACCACCACUGCCUUUUACCGACCCUGCGGCCAUUCUCUCCCGCGCAUACGACGUGCUCAGCCACGUGCUAGCGUGUCCCCUGCCCUCCCUCGCACCCAUCGCACGCCAGUUCGCAGCCAAGCUCGCCUCCAGCUGGACCCUCUCCCUCGUCUUCUCCUCGCUGCAAGCCUUUCACCCGCCCGCUGCCUCCUCACGUGCAGCCCCAUCCUGGCGGCCCCAGUCUGUCGCUGCACCCCAGGCGUCAGAGGCCAGCAAGUGGGACGUGCUGCGCAGGGCAAGCCUGCGGUUCGCGGUGCUGCUGGCUACCGUGGCGGCAACAGGCGAGGAGGGGCAAGCGGUGGUGCAGUGGGUGGUGGGCGUGGCAGGGGUGGAGCGCAUGCCGUGGGCUGUCAGUGACAUGGUGCUGCUGCUCGCACAGGGCCGGGGGCAACCGGAUGCUGGCAGGAUGGCAAGAGAUAUGCAGUGGCGCUACCAGGGGAGCGAGAGCAGGGAGGGGAGUGCUGGUGAGGAGGAGGAGGUGCAGGCGGUGCAGUGGGUGGUGCUGCUGAUUCUGUACGCUGCUGUUCAAUUCGACGAUAGGCUGGUGGACUAUGAGGACAUGCUUGGCGCGCUGCAGAGCUUGGUUCUCUCCAACCGCAUCCCACCACUCGGAUCGCCACUCCUCCCCCUCCCCUCCCUCUCACUUUCUCCCCACAACCACCCCUCGGACGCCCACUCGCCCCCACCCGCCACCGCCACCCGCUCCACCUUCUUCCUGCUGGUGUUCCUGUCGCUGCACGCGCUGCUGCGCCCCUGCUGCUCCACCGUCUCGUUUGACGCGCAGCACCGCCUCCUCUGCUUCCUGCACCGCCACGCUGCGGCCCUCUCAUUCCCCCUCACCGCCUGGCACCUGGCUCUACCGCACUGGAUCCUACUACAGGACGGUUUGGAGGAGCUGAGCCACAGCCUCGUCCACUCCUGGCUCUGCGCUGCUGCUGCCCCCCUGCCGCCUCCCUCUGCCUCAGGCCCCUCCCCCGGAACCAGCAAUGCAGCAGUAGCAGCAGCAGGCAGCGGUGGUGGCAGUUUAAGGAAUGUAGGUGAGAGUUGGGGCGCUGGUGCUGCGGGUGGUGAGACGCCGGAGCUGGAUGCUCUCGGUAGCUUGCUCAGCCAUGGCAGUGAGAGCAGCAAUGCGAGCAGCCAUGGAGUGGAUGAGAUGAGCGGUGACAAGGAGGAGGCAGGGAGGCGGUGUGCUAGGGUGGUGGCGGGGGUGGUGAGGGAGAUGUGGAGGGCGAGGGGGGAGUGGCAGCAGCUGGCACAGGUGACUGAGGCUCUGGCGAUCCUGGUGGACAGGCAUCCGCACUUGAGUGCCCGAUUGGAGCAAGGGGCGCUCUCAACCAUGUACAUAGAGGCCAUGCUGCUGAGCGGCUCUAACCUACUGCCGCCUCUGCUGCUCUCCACCCUGCACCUGCUGGCGCGCCUGCUCUCUCACCUGCCCCCCAAGCCCCCCGUCCCUCCGCGCAUGGGAGGGCGGCUGCAGUCACCGCCACAGCAGGCAACAGCGUGGGAACGCUUAGCGCAGCAGGUGCUGAUUGUGGUUGAGCCACUGGUGGAACCUACUGCUGUCAGCAGCACUGCGAGCGCUGCUCCUCCCACUCUCUCACAACAACAGCAGCCGCAGCAGCAGCAGCAGCAAUAUAGCCAGGCAUACAGGCAGGCACAGGUGCAUAGUGGUGAUGGUGGCGCAGGGAGCGAGCAGGAGGAGCGUGGCGAGAGGGAGCAGGUGCUGGUGGGGGCGUUGAGCGUGAUCAACGCACUGCUGUGGCACGCAACAACACUCUACACACCCAGUGGCGCUGACCCAUGCAGCCAACCCAACGAGCUCAACGGAGCAAGAUCGGGCAGCAGUCGUACAGUGGGCGAUGCGCGGCUGAUGGCAGUGGUGGAGGCAAACGAGGACGUGGUGAAUGCGGCUGGCACCAUCAUGAUGAGCGCGGCUCUUGUGGGCUUCACAGAGGGGUGUGUGCGGGCUGCUGCACGUGGCAUCUGUGGAACCACUGGUGAUCUCGAGGACACGCCAGCAGUGGCUGGUGGGGGGACGCAAGGAGGGGGAUGUGGUGUGGGUGUGGUGCAGGCGCGAGGGAGUGGGGGAGUGUGGCAAGGCUACUCCUGCCGUGUGCUGCUCUCCUGUCUCACCUUCUUCAACCUGCGUGUCUCAUGGUACGUACGCCCCUGCCCCCUCCACCCUACCACUAAUGAUGCAUGCACCAUAUGCUCCUACACCUCACCAGCUCUCACAGCCGGCAGCUCUCACAAGCAUGCCCUCUCUGCUGCCUGCCCCAACUGCCUGUCCUCCCACCACAGGGUGCAUGCACUCGAGGCUGCAUCCAUUCUCCCCUCAGGCAUUCCACCUCUCAAUCUCUCGCUGCGAUUCUCGCCUCCAUCGCCGCAACCAGCAGCGACACCAGCAGCCAUACCAGCAGCAGCAGCUGAAAGCGCCACUAGUCCUGCCGCAGGCUGUGCCAGUCAGGGCGACCCAGCAGCCCCCAUGCGGCAGGCGCAGCAGCAGGAGCGCCCCGCCGUGCUGAGCUUGGCCUCCGCUUGCGACCUCGCUGCCAUUCUGCUCGCGGCCGCUGCCGCCCAGCUGCCCGCCACCGUGGCCGCACACAGCAGAGAGCAGCGGGUGGGAGGAGCAGCGGGACCAGGCCGUCCCCCUGGGAACAGCAGUGGUUGCGGCAAGGCCGAUGGGGAUGAGAGGAAGGGAGCGGAGAGCAGGUCAUGGGCAGGGAGGGCGGGUGGGAGAUGCGGGCAUGCGAGCAUGCAAGACUCCUUUGUGGCUGCUGACCUUGCCUCGUGCGCCCUGCUCUCCUGCCUCUCCUCUCUCGCCCUCCCUGCACGUGCCUCCUCAGCACAUCGCCCUGCACUACCCUUGGACCAAGGCGGCUCUGUCCCUUUUGCCCAUCCUGCCGUACCACCCCUGCUGCCUGCACCAGUGAACACCCCAGGUGAAAGCAACCUACGCUUGUCACAGCAGGAGCAGCAGGAGCGCCAGUAUGAUGUACCAUCCACUCAGCCCUCCCCCCUGACCCCUCCCACUCCUGCUCCCCCCACUGCUCUCCCUCCCCUCCCUGCCGCUGUCUUCUGGCCGAUCGCUGCUGCGCUGCAGCAUGCAGCCUCGUGCCCACACCCCCCUGUGCGGCGCAACACGUGCCUCGCACUCUCCCUACUGCUGCACUGCUUUGAUCCAGCCUCUGUCGCUCUCCCCCUGGCAGCCAGCCCCUGGACUCGCCUGCUGCUAGACGAUGCCCUUGCCUCUAUCACUGCCGCCGCUGCUGCCACUGCUGCUGGACCUUCUGCUGCCGCUGUCACUGCUGCUGCACCAGAUGCAGCAGCGGUGCGAGCAGGUGAGAGCAGGCCUGCUGGGGAAGCAGUGAAAGCCCAGUCCUCCUCGUGCCCCUCGCCCGCCCUGCUGGACCUCCUGCUCUCCCACAGCCUAGAAGCCCUCCACAUCGCUGCCUCCUGCUUUCACCUCGCCCCACCCACCGCCCCUCCUCGAUGGCUCUCUCAAAUCUUCCAACCUGCCCGGGUCUCUGCUCUCGUGGGCUCGCUCUGGCGAACCCGCCAGCUGUCUCUGCCCGCCAUCGCCACGUGUCACAGGCUCAUUGGUGCGGGCCUGCUACCUCGCGCUGUUCUGCCCCAGCUUCUGGACCUCGUUCAGCCACAGCACAGCACCGGCAGCAACACCACCAGCAACUCCUCGUCCACGCUUACUGUUCGGCCUGUCUGGCUGGCGGGUUGCCUUGUGCUCUGCAGCCUCUCCAUCCCUGCCGCUCUCUCCAAUCCCUGUCUCGUGGACCCCUCGCUCCCUGCCACCCUGUCACAGCAGUGCGCUGCGUUCCUUGCCCUGCACGCCAAGCUGCCUCGCUGCACGCACUACCACCGCAAGCCCAGCUUGCACUGUGCGGUGAAAUCCCCUGCCUGGUGUUCAGUGCCUUUCGCCCCCUGCCUGGUGUUGGGUGGUGGGUUCCACUGUCCACUGCCAGUGAAGAGGAUUAGUG